AUGUACUGUUCCUCUGAAAAUAUGCUCAAGUGCCCCAUACAACGCGCUUGCGCCAAGAGAGCGGCAUGCCUCUCAGCCACCGCUGGCUUACCCAACACCUUCAUUCAUCCGUGUCGGCCCAUUCUUACAUCUCGUCGUGCGAUUACUCUAGGUAGGUGCAUCGCGGCAAACGUUUCGACUGUCCUGCCUGUGGGUGAACCAGGACGACAGCGUAACAAGGCGAGGCAGCUCACACUUCAGGAACAAAUCCUGGACGCUCAGGACGCUGCCACUGUCCUCGAUAUUGUCGACGCUUCCCUAGAACAAUUUGGGGGCGUUAAUGCCGUCACGGCGGUGUACCGCAUCUCGCGUCUUCUUACUAGUCGUACAGGAAGGCUCAGGAGGAAGGAGUCGGAGCACAUCACGUCGGAUCCAAGAUUUGAGUGCCUCAUUCAAACGCUGGAGUCUAAAUCUUCAGAGCUGGACAAGCUGGGCCUGGAAAAUCGCAAACGAGCAUAUCAAAAACUCAGGGUCGACGCUGAUUUGCGCGCAGGGGCAGCACUCAGCGUCCGUCUCAUAGAGCGUGCGAAGGACAUCCAGGGCGACCUUAUGGAUGCAGCCUCUGUGGAGGAUGUCCUGCUUCUGGUUGAGAAGCAGGGUGAGAUUUUUAACAAGGUCAACACAUCUACCGCGCUGCAUCGGAUUGCAAGGAUCGCAAGUACGGCGCCGUAUGCGACUGCCGGAGCGAAUCAGCAGUCUCCAGAUGCGGUCCUCCGCAUAACUCGAGAUGAAAGAUUUCACCACCUCCUCCAAUUGGCCACCGCGUUAAGCAAGGAAAUGAGCAUUGUGAGUGUUUCCAAUACUCUGUGGGCUCUCGCUCGAUUGCGAUGCGAUAUCCACGAGAUGAAUACGUUAUUGGAUGAUCUUGCGGGGCGUGCGGCUGCGACGGCGCACAACGCUCAGCCCAAACAUCUCGCCACGGUAAUUUGGGCCCUCGCGGUGCUUGGUCACGAGCCCAGGUCCCGGCUCCUGCGCGCGGUUGCCAUGCGCGUGAUGGACACUGCCGGUGAUUUCAGGGCUCCAGAUGUUGUUAACAUGCUCUGGGCAUAUGCACGGUGGACCCGAUUGGCUCCCUUGAAUUCCCCCGACGGUCUGCCUGGUGCAAAAGAUGUGGUGAAAGAGCUGUCGUGCGUCGCGCUGGCUAAUCUUACAGAUUUUACCCCUUAUCAGUGCGCCAAUCUUUCAUGGUCACUCGCGAUGCUAGACGCAGAGGUGCAGCCAAGGUCGCUCGCAUCCAUACUCGACCGCGCAGCGUCGGAUCCAAAUGGACUGGACGAUACUGCGCUGACACAUACGCUAUGGGCAGUCGGUGUCAAGGGUACAGUGAUAGAUGGCGCAGGAGGCUCCUUUCAGACACUGUUGGCAGAAGCUGCGAAGAGGGCGUUGGACCGGGGUGUCGGGCGCACGGGCGCGGCAGGAGUACUUUGGGCGUGUGGUCACCUUCGGGUCACGCCACGAGAAGGCGAGGCGGAUGCGCUCCUGGAUUGCCUACUUGAUGAUGGAGAGGAGGCACUCAAAGGCAAGCUGGUGCAACCUCAAGCACUUGUGCAUGGGGUGUGGGGGGUAUGUCACAUGGACGGAGUCACGCUUAGUCAGAAGCACCGGGACGCCGUAUUCUCGAAUGUAUCCAGACUUGCUGAGGCGGGAAAGAUGGAGGCGCGAUAUGCAGACGCGCUACGAGCUUCGGCCACGGGUGCAGGGCUGGAUCCUGUCGAGUUAGAGCACGCUCUCACCACACGGUGA